CGAUGGUAUCGUCCAACCAGUGGGCGGGUUUAUUAAUACGGAAGUAAACCGGGAAAACCAAUGUUAGCCGAAUGCGUGCGAACGGCAACUGGUUCGAAACCUGUCCGUGAUCUUGAGCUCAUCAAAGUAAGUGAUGGCUUCUGAUGAGCUGGUAUAUUCUGGAGUUAUCGCUGCCUCCAUCCCUGUCGGCUUCCUGUUCCGUUACCUCAGUCCUCGUGUGAAGCAGGUUGCUGCCCUGGUCACUGGCCUCUCUGUUACCAUUGUCACCUGUCAGAUCCACACACUUCACUCUCUGGUGACUGUGAUUGGAACAUGGGUGAUCAUAAAGAACAGCUGGAGACACGCCCCUGUACUGAGCCUGAGCUGGACCUUUCUCUACCUUCUCUUCUUCCGACUGAUCGCUUGGUUCAAUCUCCCAUCACCAACACCCUUUGCCAAUGCCAUCCAGCUGCUUCUCACGCUCAAGAUGGUCAGCAUUGCCAAUGAGGUGCACAGCUUCCACGCAGAGAAGAAAAAGGAACUGAGCUCUUCUGCAGAAUCCGUUGUCGGUGGUGGUCUGUCUCAGGAGCCUUCUCUCUUUGAUGUUCUUUGCUAUAGCUACUGUUAUAUUGGUAUAAUGACUGGUCCAUUCUUUCGGUUCCAAACGUAUGUCGACUGGCUGAGGCAGCCUCGCCCUCUGGACUUGCCUGGCUGGUUGCCGUGUCUGCAGCGUUUGAAGCUGGUCCCGGUCUAUGGCGCUCUCUUUCUGGCUGUUCAAAAUGUCUUUCCUCUGGUUUAUGUUCGCACGGAGGAGUUCUUGGAGGAAAACAUCUUAUUCAGGUUUUUCUACAUGGUGGCGGUGUUCUUUGUGUUUAGGAUGCGUUUCUAUGCGGCAUGGUGUGGAGCUGAGGCUGGUUGUAUUAGUGCAGGUCUGGGUUGUUAUCCUGAAAAGGCACAAGCCAAACCUGGUGGUGGGCCCACUGUAAAAUACAGCCCUGAUUCUUCAGCUGAAGAGAUGUACAACUUUAGAACCAUUCAGAACAUUGAUUGCUACAAGACCGACUUCUGUGUGAAGGUUCGACAUGGCAUGCAUUACUGGAACAUGACAGUGCAGUGGUGGCUACAUCAGUACAUCUACUCCAAUGCCCCCUUCAAAGCCUACACUCUCAGGGCUGCCUGGACAAUGUUCAUCAGUGCCUACUGGCACGGUCUACAUGCUGGUUAUUACCUUUCCUUCCUCACCAUUCCCCUGUGCAUUGCAGCUGAGACUGCUAUGGAGGGAUCUGUCCGUGCAAAACUGGGCCCUCUGGGCCAGAAUGUGUUUGACUGGAUUCACUGGUUCUUGAAGAUGAGGGCCUACGACUACAUGUGCAUGGGCUUUGUGCUGCUGCAGGCCUCCGAUACCAUCAACUACUGGUCGUCUAUCUAUUUCAUCAUGCACGUCAUUGCUCUUUGCUGCAUAGUGCUGGGCAGAGCCUUAAAGGGAGGGAAAAGUGAUGGAAAGACACAGGAGAAAAGAGCAGAGAAGCAGAAUAACAUGAAAGGGAGAGCUGGAGAAAAGAUGGACUGAAUGGAGGGAAAAAAAACUGAUUAGACACAUAUGUACAUGUUUACAUGAUGUUUCCUUUUUACAUUAUAUUUGAAAUUCAGAUUAACAGCAGGAGUUGGUGUGAACUGUAAAACCCAGUCAGAGGUUGCCACUGAAAAUAUUUUGUACAUGUGCAAAAAAAAAAACUGCAGAAGGUGAUGUGGAGAAUGUUAGUUUGAUGAAUGUUGCUGCUGCUACGAUGUCUGAAUUCUACUUUCAGUUUCUCAAUGCUGAUUGUCUUAUCAAUUUGCAGGUUUGAAUGGGGUUAUUGAUGAUGUUGCCAUAGAAACAAGUGAAAUUACAAGCAACUGAUAUUAGUCUUACAGUUGGUGUAUGCAUGAUAAAAGAAGACAUAAUGACUGUAGGACAUGUUGUCAAAACUAAACAUUUCAACAAGGAGGAGGUGGGGGAAAUGGAUUUUUUAUUAUUAUUAUUAUUAACCUCUUUCCAUCUUAUUGACUGAUGUUUCUCCACAUCGUCUAUGGCACUAUUAACCACGAUUCAAUCAGCAUCCUGCCCCUUUUCAGCUGCAAUGCCUAUUUCAAAUCAGAAUUAUUACUGUGAAACUUGUAGAACUAUAGAGAAAAAAAUAUGCACCACUUGUUGAAUAUUUCUUUCAUAGGUGAAAUACCUACAUAGGUGGCGCUAAACAGUCAAGCUCCACAUAACACUUGUCUCUAAAUGCACAAGUGUGUGUGUGUGUGUGUGUGUGUGUGUGUGUGUGUGUGUGUGUGUUUGUUUUGAAUUUUGUGUUGUAAUAUUUGUUUGGAACACUUGAUCCAAUUAGUCAAAUGUUUUCAAUUUGUCCUUUUUUUUUUCUUCUUUUUUUGUAACUAGCAUUAGCUGUCUUUUAUCUCACCUGUAUAACUUCUGUCUGCACUAACAGCUGUCCAGUAGUUUACGGUUUAGUGAACUGUGCACAGUGUGAUAGUUGGUUAUGGUCUGCUCACUGCCAAAAUGUCUACUGCCAUCAUGGCCCAUUCAGUUUGGACCAAACGUUCAUCCAAAAAGUCACAAGUUUUACAUUGUCUGUUAGUUGCUGCCUUAAACACAGCACAACAAACUAUGCACAGCUGGAAAAUCUGCGGUUUACCCUAUGUUGUCAAAGCCCAAAACCUGUAGCUGUUUCCCGUUAUGACUGAUGCCAGAAUGAAAAUGUGAAACCUUUGAGAUCCUUCAACUGCAAA